GGGCCGCGCGUCGCACACGGGUUCCGAGGCAGUCAGCGCCAUCCGCCGCGUGACCGUCACCAUGUCGUUUGCGCGGGCAAGGCGGACCUCGGGGCCGAUACUCCUACGGCUGAUCCUCGGCCAGGAGUCCGGGCCGAGGACGACCGCGGGCCUGCGCCACCUCAGCUUCGAGCCCAUCCAAGUCUCCAAGGACAAGAUGCGCCGGAGUUACGUGAAGAUGCGGGAGAAGUGCAAGUCCAAGAAAUUGCCACAAGACGUCAACCCCCGUGGCGUUUUUGCUUGCAACGAGUUGGACUUGAGGGAAGUUCAAGUUUAUGGGUUCGAUUAUGACUACACGUUGGCAUGUUACAAGCCGAGCAUGGAUUAUCUGUUGUACAACUUAGGUCGUGAUAUGCUUAUUAAGAAGUAUAAGUACCCUGAGAAAAUAGCCGACCUCGAGUACCGCGAGGACUUUGCCGUGCGCGGACUCCACUACGACAUCGAGAAGGGUCUGCUCCUGAAGCUCGACAGCUUCCUUCAAAUCCAGCUCGGCGCCGUCUAUCAAGGACUUCAUCCUGUGCCAGACGACGAGGUUCUGAGACUUUACAAGAACCGCAUCAUACCGAUUGCCUACGUCGAGACACCGUACAAGCACUCGCACAAAGAUGGUGUGCACCAUACAAAAAUGGUGCAACUUGCUGAUCUAUUCUCCGUGCCGGAAAUGGCUUUGUUGUGCAACGUCACCGAGUACUUUUUGCAAAAUCACAUCGACUACCAUCCGGAAAUUCUAUUCAGAGACGUGAAGAAUUCCGUGCAAAGCUGUCAUCCAAUAAUGCAUAAGCGUGUGGUCCAGAACGUGUCAGAAUAUUUGGAGCAAAAUAAGGAUCUCGCUAGGUUUUUCAAUCGCCUAAAGGACGCUAAUAAAAAUAUGUUUCUCGUCACAAACAGCCCAUAUCCGUUCGUGGACCGGGGCAUGCGCUUCUUAGUGGGCGAUGACUGGAUGGACUACUUCGACGUGGUGAUCGUGCAGGCGCGCAAGCCUCGCUUCUUCACCGAGGAGUCGCGGCCCCUGCGCAUCUACGACGAGAAGAACGAGACGCAACUGUGGGACCGGGUGGUCAAGCUCGAGAAGGGCGUGAUAUAUCUCGAGGGCACGGUGAAGCAGCUGCAAGACGCGACGGGAUGGCGAGGCCACCAGGUCCUAUAUUUCGGCGACCAUCCGUACAGCGACCUCGCGGACGUGACGCUCGAGCACGGCUGGAGGACCGGCGCCAUCAUCAAGGAGCUCGCGCACGAGAUCGAGACGCUCAACCAGCGGAAGUUCAAGGAGAACGCCAAUUGGCUACAGAUGCUAACGGGCCUGAUCGAGGACCACCAGAACGUGAACGGGCCCGAAGCCGAGGCGGAGCUUGCCGAAUGGAUAAAGGAACGUGACCGGCUGCGCAACGAGAUCAAACGCGUGUUCAAUGAGCAAUUCGGCUCGGUGUUCCGGACCUACCAUAACCCUACUUACUUCUCCCGGCGGCUCUUCCGCUUCGCCGACAUCUACAUGAGCUCCAUUACGAAUCUCCUCUGCUACUCGUCCAGCCACACUUUCUACCCGCGCCGAGGCGUCAUGCCUCACGAAUACACCAGCUACUUCAUGUAGAGGAACCCGGAGCUGCCCGUUGCCCAGCUCCAACCCGUCCCCAGGAAAUAUAUUUCGUAUUAUGAGGGGGAUCCACCGACAGCUCGCUCUCCCCUUCUUCGAGAAGUUUUCGGAAUGGAAGUAGUGGACGCGGCGAGCACCGCGCUUCCCCGCUAACUCGAUUAUACUAUCCUUUUCCUUUAUCGAUGGCUUUCGCUUUAGCGGACGAUCCGUCGAUUUUCCGAUAUUUUGACGCUGGUUUGCAAUGUUUU